AUGGCGGCGCUCCGCGCUGGCGCGCGGAUAGCCUCGUUGCGGCGAUGCGCGGCCGCGGAGGCGGCGAGCCCCGCCAGCUGGGCGUCAGCACGCAAGGAGGUGCUGGCCGCCGCCGCCUCCGGCCACUGGCGACCGCUUCGGCACUGGUACGCAAUGAGGCCAUGCUCGACGGUCGCGUCCCCGCUGAAGGGCAGUCAGCUGACGCGGCAUGUGCUCAUGGUCGACCCGCGCGGGUUCCGCAGCAACGAGGAGACAAAGGAGGACAACAAAUUCAUGUCGGAGGUUGGAGACGGCGACAAUGACAUCGCUGACGCCGUCAUGGAGGAAUGGAGGUCACUCGUGAAGCAGCUGGAGGCGGUGGGCGUGAAGGUGAUGAAGGUCGACGGGCAGGGCUUGCCAGACGAGGUCUUCCCGAACAACUGGUUCUCAACCCACAGCGAGGGCAGGCUGGUCCUCUAUCCCAUGAAGGUCCCCUCCAGGCAGAAGGAGGUCCGGCAGGACCUGAUGGACAGCCUCCGCGUGGACCUGGGCUACAACAGGCCCACCCUGGACCUCUCGGGCUGGUCCCGGUCGGGCGUCGCGCUGGAGGGGACGGGCAGCCUCGUCCUGGACCGCCCGGGGCGCGUCGCCUACCUGGCCCGGUCGGCGCGCGCGGACGGGAACCUGGGGGAGCUGUGGGCCAAGGAAAUGGGGUACGAGCUUAUUGCCUUCUCGUCGCAUGAUCGCAGCGGCAGCGAAAUCUAUCACACCAAUGUGCUCAUGUCUGUUGGGGACAAUUUCGCAGUGAUCUGCGCGGACGUGAUUACAGACGAGGCAGAGAAGAAGCUUGUCCUGGAUAGUUUGCGCAAGACGGGAAAGCUUCUCAUCCAGGUCUCCCUCGAGCAAAUGGAAAGUUUUGCCUGCAAUUGCAUCCAGCUGCAGGGUGAGAAAGGCACUGUGCUUGCCAUCUCCACUGCCGGCUGGGGAGCCCUCGACGAUGCGCAGCGGGCAACCAUCAAGGGUUGCGUUGACCAUGUCGUCACGGCCGAGGUGCCAAUCAUGGAGCGGCUGGGGGGAGGCUCUGUGCGCUGCAUGAUCGCAGAGCUCUUCCCCUCGGACGAGACGCCUGAGAACGCCUGCUCCGUGUGUCGAGUGCAGAGCGAGUGGGCGAACCUGGACCUCGUGCUGGUUCACGAGCCCGGCCUUGAGGUCGACGCCGUCAUUCCAUGGACGCUGGACACCAUGAAGGUCGACGAGUGUUUCAACCGCGUCGAGCUAAAGGAUCAGCACCGCGUUUUCAGCGACAUGUUGCGCAGCAGGGGUGCCACCGUGCUGCACGUGCGCGAUCUGCUGAACGACAUCGCCAUCCGUGGCGAUUGGGCCAAGAGGGAGCUGUUCGAGGCGGUGUGGGGCGAGGAGUUCGUCAACAUGCACGGCCUCGCCAACCUCAACGUCGAGCACCUCACCACGGGGCACGGGCGGCGCACGCUGGACUUCGACGUGCCGCCGCUCAUGAACCUCUUCUUCAUGAGGGACCCCGCCUUCGCCGUCCCUGGCGGCUGGGUGGUGAUCUCCCGGCCUUACUACAGCAUCCGGCAGAUGGAGUCAAGGCUGCUGCGGGCCAUCUUCAGGCUGCACCCGGCCCUCAAGGAUGUCAGCGUGUACGACGGGUUGGCCGACGAUCCGGACGUGAACAUCGAGGGGGGGGACGUGCUGGUGGCAGACAGGGAGACGGUAUUGGUAGGCAUAUCUCAGCGCACGAACGAGGCGGGUGCCAAUAAGUUGGCGGAGUUCCUUUUUCAGAAGACGCCUGUAACCCGCGUGGUGAAGGUCUUCAUCCCGAAGCAGCGCGCGUUUAUGCACCUGGAUACGCUCUUCACGUUUGUCAACAAGAGGGUUGUCCUCACCAUGCCGUAUUUCUGGUCCAAGCCGCAGGUGUACGCAGAAGUCGCAAGGCGCGUGAACACGCUGAACGAGAAAAUGGGAUCUGAUUCGAGGCAGGCUGCAGAGGACUGGGUGAACGAGCCUCCGCGGAUAGAGGUCCUGGAGAAGCUCGAGGACGGAAGGACAAAGACCAGGACGUAUAACCAGGCCAUGGCGGGGUUGCAGGCCGAGGGCAUCAUAGAGAAGGCGCUCUUCGUCUGCGGCCCCGAGGGGUCAUAUGCCACUGAGGAAGAGCACGUGGCGCGAGCGUUGACUGAGCAGUGGAACGACGCUGCCAACGUGUUCUGCAUCGCCCCGAACACCGUCAUCGCGUACAAGUGGUGCACGAGGACAGUCCAGCACCUGCAGGACAACGGCGUGGACGUGAUGAUGCUGGACGGGUUCGAGCUCAUGAAGGGGCGCGGGGGUGCCCGCUGCAUGACAAUGCCGCUGCGGCGGUCUUCACACAAGCGCGCGACGGAGGUGCUGUAG